AGAUCGGUCACGUGAGACAGAUUGCGUGAGAAGAAAAGUCGUGCAGUGUUUUCCUCCUGUGAGCUGCCCUCAAAAUCCUCUUUUGACCCCGACUCGCAGCCCCGACGAGGGACUUUGAGUACAAAAUGGAUUUCGCAGGCUUCGACAUGAUGCAGGCGGACAACACAGAUCAGGACGGUUCUCGCGGCGAACGUAAAGAGAGCGGCAAGCGCGGCAGGAAGCCGGGGAGGAAGGCGGAAAAAAGUGACAUGAGAGCCAAACUGGCCCAACAAAUGGUUUUAGAGAGGAGCAGACAGAGCGCCCGCGAGUGCCGUGCUCGCAAGAAGCUGCGCUAUCAGUACCUAGAAGAAUUGGUCGCCGACAGGGAAAAGGCGGUCUUCGCACUCAGGGAGGAACUGGAAAAGUACAGCCAGAUGAGCAAGGAGCUGGCGCAAAACAACAUCCCGCAGGGGAUGGACGAUUUGCUGGCCGAAAUGGGCAUGACCCAGGCUGGAAACGACGCGUUUGAUAGCAAACCCUCGGUUUGAACCUUCGGGUCAAGUUUUUGAAUCUGCAUGUGAUAUUUUCUUUGAGUUUUCUUGCUUCUCUGACAGAGCAAAAUAUAUUUUAUAAUUUUCUCCCUGGGGCAUAUUUUUUUUGUAAAAGGGAAAAGGUUGGAGAAAAAUUGUGCUUUUGAUUUUGUUUAAGAGGUUGGUUUAUCUAUUAAAUAAUAUUUUGUAAAAAUUAUAAUAUUAAAGAAUCUUCAAUAAAGUAUGAUUUUUAUAUUUAAUGUU